AUGUCUGACCAGCCUUUCUCUUCUUUCUAUCCUUCAGCUACCCCGUUGGAACACUAUCCAUCCCCCGAACCUACCAGCACCCCCUACGUCGACACCGCCGACUACAGCAAGCAGCCCUUCGACUUCUUCAGCUACAGCCAGGGUGCCACUGACAUCCUCGCCCCUCAUCCCGACCAGUUCGAAUCCGAACUCGAUUUGUCCCUGGCCGCUUACGACGUCGAGCUCAAUCUUCUGCCCGUCGAUACCGGGGACUUCUUCACCUUCCUGAGGUCGGAUACUCCCACUUGCGGGCCUCCAUCCACCUUCACCGUCUCUUCCGAGUCGGUGUCAGGUUAUGAUUCUAGCUACGCCGACUCUCUCUCCAGUCAUUCCGAGAGCUUCUACAACUUCAGUCCCCACUCUCCCACGCCUAAUUACGCUAGCAACUACCCCGUUGCUCAGGACCUCGACAUGGAUUUCCAGAGAUUGGGCAUCCCUGCUCCUGAAGAUACGAAGAUGUAUUGUGGCAUACCUUCUUCCCCGUCCCGCAGCUCGCCGGGUGGUGUUCCGAACAUCGCUCAUUAUUCGCCGCAGACGACGUUCUCCUCGCCUCGCGGAAGCUUCUCCGAUUAUGAGCCGGCGCAGCCUCAGUCGCGACUCGUCAGUUCUGCUGCCUCGGAUUACUAUCCGCAGGUGCAAGUAUCCAAGCACCUCAAUUACCCGGCGAUGUCGAACGUUGCCCAGUCGACGGUUUCUCCUGCGAAUGUCUCUCCGCAGCCCUCCGCUGUACAAUCUGUUCCGAUUACCAGGGGGAAGGAGGACAAUGAAAUGGAUGAUCCAAAGAGGAAGUACCCAUGCCCCUCAUGCCCCCGAGUUUUCGCUCGCGCGUACAACCUCAAGACACACAUACAGACUCACGACCCCAACCGCUCCAAGCCGUACGCUUGUUACCACAAGUCGUGCGGUAGGUCGUUCAGUCGCAAGCACGACUUGACUCGGCACUUGGUGUCUAUUCAUCGCAACGAGGCAGUGUCUCCUGCGAACGCGUCUCCGACGUCUACGAAGUCCAUCGGCGUGGAGAAGGGUCAGCGCACUUGGUGCGAGAGCUGUGGCAAGAGCUGGGUUGGCAAAGGCAAGGAGAAGGGUUGUGAAUGCGACGAUAUGAAGUGA